GUAAAGUUGAAUUUACAGUGUGUAACCCGAGUCUGCACCGAGAGUCCCUGGGACCGUUCCGGGACAGGGGCAUAGCUGUGAAAGAGGGCGCCGGUGUGACUCGGGUGUGGGUCCUGGCUCCCGCGUUCCGAAUUCUGCAAACUCUGUCCUCCUGGCUCGGACAGCAACAUCUGGUCCGGACAGUGGCGCCGCCGGGAGUGAGAGUGCUGGAUGCGGAGGGGGUCUAAGCCUGGGCUGGCGUGUGCGGAAGGCCCAGUCUCCUGAUCGCGGCUGGCAUAUGGGGCCAUGGCCCGGCUCCUGGGGCACCCGGAGGCCCCGGACGCGGAGCCUGGCAGCGCAGGCCGAGGGGACCGAGGUGGCCGAGGCGGCCGCGGGGCCCGUGCGCGCCACGUCAUUAUCAACGUCGGGGGCUGCAGGGUGCGUCUGGCCUGGGCCGCGUUGGCCCGCUGUCCCCUGGCGCGCCUCGAGCGCCUGCGAGCCUGCCGCGGCCACGACGAGCUGCUGCGCGUGUGUGACGACUACGACGUGAGCCGCGACGAGUUCUUCUUCGACCGCAGCCCGUGCGCUUUCCGCGCCAUCGUGGCGCUGCUGCGCGCCGGCAAGCUGAGGCUGCUGCGCGGCCCGUGCGCCCUGGCCUUCCGCGACGAGCUGGCCUACUGGGGCAUCGACGAGGCGCGGCUGGAGCGCUGCUGCCUGCGCCGCCUGCGCCGCCGCGAGGAGGAGGCCGCCGAGGCCAGCGCCGCGCAGCCCGCCCGAGGACCGCCGACCAGCCCGGGCCGAGCCCUGGGCAGCGGGCGGCUGGAGCGAGGCCGACGGCGCCUACGCGACGUGGUGGAGAACCCGCACUCCGGGCUGGCGGGCAGGCUCUUCGCCUACGUCUCCGUGGCCUUCGUGGCCGUCACGGCCGUCGGCCUGUGCCUGAGCACCAUGCCCGACGUCCGCGCAGAAGAGGAACGGGGCGAGUGCUCCACAAAGUGCCGCAACCUCUUCGUGCUGGAGACGGUGUGCGUGGCCUGGUUCUCCUUCGAGUUUCUGCUGCGCUCCCUGCAGGCCGAGAGCAAGUGCGCCUUCCUCCGGACGCCGCUUGCCAUCAUCGACAUCCUGGCCAUCCUGCCCUUUUACGUGUCGCUGCUCGCGGGACUGGCCGCAGGGCCCAUGGGCAGCAAGAUGCUGGAGCGAGCGGGGCUGGUGCUGCGGCUGCUGCGGGCGCUGCGCGUGCUCUACGUGAUGCGCCUGGCGCGCCACUCGCUGGGGCUGCGCUCGCUUGGCCUCACCGUGCGCCGCUGCGCACGCGAGUUCGGACUGCUGCUGCUCUUCCUCUGCGUGGCCAUGGCGCUCUUCGCGCCGCUCGUGCACCUGGCUGAGCGCGAGCUGGGCGCUCACCGCGACUUCUCCAGCGUCCCCGCCAGCUACUGGUGGGCAGUCAUCUCCAUGACCACCGUGGGCUAUGGAGACAUGGUGCCGCGCAGCCUUCCGGGCCAGGUGGUGGCGCUGAGCAGCAUCCUCAGCGGCAUCCUGCUCAUGGCCUUCCCUGUCACCUCCAUCUUCCACACCUUCUCGCGCUCCUACUCGGAGCUCAAGGAGCAGCAACAGCGCGCGACCAGCCCUGAACCGGCCCUGCGCGAGGACAGCACUCGUGAUGACAGCACACGUUCGGCCAGCGCCACUGAGGACAGCUCUCAGGACCCUGAGACCGCAGGCGCAGCAGGGAGCUUGCCGGGCCGGGUAGGACCCUGAGCUGUACUGAGAGCUCCAGAGAGUCAAAGCCUUGGAGGACACCAAGCGCAGGCUGACCCAGGAGUUGCAAACUUGGUCUGGCAUGUCCUUGCAGCUGGCUCGCCUCCCCAAGCAACCCCCGAGCUUCGCGUAGCCUGGAGGAUAUAGCAACCUGGUCGUUCUUUUUGCUUUUAUUUUCCCUCCAGUUUUAAAUUUUCUAUGGUUAAUUAAAAAAUAAUUGAGUCCCAGAAAUUCCAAGUCUGAAGCAAAUACCAGCCACCCUGAACUAAAUUCUGCCCUUCUUUGGUCCAUAUCUCGGGCAGCCCCAGGGAACAGAGGUGUUGGCAUCUACCUUGUGACCCUUAGUGGGCAAUACCCCAUAUAAAAGAUGGCAUCAGCUGGCGUCUGUCACUGCCAGCGUCCACAUCACUUGCCAAGUGUUGAGGUAGUUGACAGGACACUUAGCCCCCUAGUUCUGCCACCCACUGCAGGGGGAAGAAAUCUCAGGAAUUGACCUCUGUUUUGCCAAACCAUCUCUAUCAGAUUGCUUGCAUAGUGGCCUUUUAACCCUUGUCCUGCCCUCCCUGGUCUGCAGGAAGGUCGCCUGUCUCCAGGGGAUGUUGGUGUCUCUUCUGUUGGGAUGUUCCCCUCAGAUGUAGCUCAAGUGAAAACCAAAAACCUUGAACAGCCUGGGAUGAGGAGGCAGUUCAGAGAGAAGACGGUGAGGGCACUGCCAGGAGGAAGUGCUGCCUUUCUCUACUCCAUGGAGGCGAGGGAAAUGGGACUUCCCAAACCGUGUCACUUUGCCCCGUUUCAGCAAGCCCACAGGUGGUGGCAUAUGCCUGCAACUGUGCCACUUGGGAAGUGGAUACAGGAAGAUCACAAGUUCAGUGAGCCCCACCACCACACCCAAGAUAGUCAUAGGCCUCUCCGUCAUAAGUAAGGUCCUCUGUCUGCAGCCUACCGCCAUUGCCUGCUACAUAGGAGCUUUCGGCAAGGGCCCCGUGUGAGCUCAGCACAGGCCCAUUUGGGGCCCUGGCACUACAGGCUUCACAAAAAUCUACUGCAACCAAAUAAAAAAUUGCCAGCCCCUCCUCAGGGCAGUAGGCUGAGUUCCUAUCACUUGGGUAUCAUUUAUGUUUUUGUGGGGUUCAUGCUGAGCCUGGGGCUCCUAGAGCUUGGAAGGGGGUUUCCUGUGCUUUGGGAGUUCAGGAAAUGCAUAGGAGGAAUAGAGUACCCCAAGCCCACUUUGCUAAUAGCCUCCUUGCCCCGACAGUUCAAUAAGCGCAUGGUCAGUCACAUGGUCCUUACUCCCAGGGAAGGUGGGGAAUUUCAGGGUGGCAGGCGGAGAACUGAAUGCAGGACUCGGGGCUUGGGUAUCCACGGCAUGUCCCUGGGGAUAAGGGUGGCAUGGAGUGACAGACGUGCACACAAAUGGGCUUCACCUGUCAGGCACGGUCUAGAGAGAAGGAUCCUGGGAAGCCGACAGGUGACCUGGGCUUGCCCUUCCUCCCAGACCAAGAAGAGAUGGAGGCCAGUGAACUACAAAAAAAUCUUCCAUUUUCCCCCCAUGUAUCCCCACUUCUCUGGGAUCU